GGCAACACUUUCUUGUAGUGUGGGAAAAAAAUGAGUUGACAAAUAUCUGUCUGCAGACGAUGUGUAUUGCUUAUUGCAUUAUUUUUAUUGGUUGUAAGAAAAUACUGAAAGUCAGCAUUUAUCAGUUUUAUUAAUAUUCUAAUUGAAUAUUAAAUGUUAGUGGGUGGCUGGUCCAAACUGAUGUAAAAGUGUUUCUGGACAGAAAAGAUGGGCAUAUGUGGAGCUUAAAUUGCUGGAGCUGUGAUACUUCUCCGUUUUUGAGAGAAAUUAUUGAAAGAAGCAAAGCAUUUACCUCAAGAUGAAUAGGUAAAUAAAAUUUCUGAAGCAGAUGAUUGUAAUUCUGGCAUGGAGCCCACUGUUGCAACUCCUAGAAAAUUUCAUGUAAAUAGAUGUAUAGAUAAUUCACCAGUAUUUUUUACUGGUCUCACAAAAACUUUAGAACAAAAAGUAACAUUACUUUGUGUGAAAUGUAACAGAAUUAACAAUAAUGUAGAUGGUAAAGAUACUUGUAGCACUUGUUCUAGCAGUGUUCCUGUAACUCAAAAUGGUGAUCAUUUUGAACAAAGCUCCAAUGAAGUAUGUUCAUUGACAAUUUCUGGACCUUCACUUUCAGAACAGGUCUUCCAUAUUGGACCAAAAAUUGAGAAUACCAGAAGGAAAGCUCUCUUACCUCUUCCUGAAAGCAUUCCAGAUCCUUCUUGUCUUACAAAUGAUAAAACAUCUCCUGAUAAACCUCCUAAGAAUAAUCAUGAAUUUAAGAACAAUAUGGAUAGUAGUUUGAAGAGGAAAGGCGACUAUGAAAGCCCAACGAAGAAGUUUAGGUCGUCCUUUUGUAGUCCAUCUACUCCAAUUUCUAAUCGUAAUAUUGAGUUAUCAAGAAGAAUAUGGCAACUCUUUAUGGAAAAUAAACAAACAGAUAUAGUAUUUCAAAAGAAAAUGACCUUAAGGGAUAAAUUACAUGAAAUCUUAAUCAAAAGAUUCCCUAGUUGUGGGUUGUAUGUGGUUGGUUCAUCUAUGACAGGACUUGGAGCUAACAGUAGUGAUAUGGAUAUGUGUCUUAUGCUUACAGAUUCAGAGAUUGAUCAAGAAAAAGAAGCAAAAGAUAUUCUACACAUAGUGCAUUCAUUAUUUGAAAGAUAUGAUUUUCUUUUCGAUAUUGAAGUAAUUUAUGCAAAAGUUCCUAUUUUAAGGUUUAAAGAUGCUGUAAGUGGAAUUGAAGUGGAUUUAAAUGUAAAUAAUGCUGUUGGAAUAAGAAAUACACAGUUGCUUGCAAGUUAUGCUCGAAUGGAUAAAAGGUUAGCUCCAUUGGUGCUGCUUGUUAAGAAGUGGGCUCGAUAUCAUGGAAUAAAUGAUGCCAAACACAAUACAUUGUCUAGUUAUUCUUUAGUCUUAAUGAUUAUCCAUUACCUGCAGUAUGGAUGUUAUCCUCCUGUUUUACCUUGUCUUCAACGAUUACAACCAGAUAAAUUUCAUGCAGAAUCUGAUGUUAGAACCUUGAAACGUUUUGAAGACUUGCCAAAUUUUGAGUCAGAAAAUGUUGAAAAUCUUGGAGAUCUUUUUAUUGGUUUUUUGAAAUACUUUGCUGUGGAAUUCAAUUACUACAAAAAUGUGAUGUCUGUUCGCUUAGGAUCUGUUAUACCAAAGGAAAUUGCUAUGAUGAAUCCAUCUCCACGAAACAAAAAAGCCCAUUGGAAACUUUUAUGUAUAGAAGAACCAUUUGAUCUGACAAAUACAGCUCGAGCUGUAUUUAUAAGUGAAGCAUUUCAUCAUGUGAGACAAGUGUUUAUUAAUAGUUGGAAUUGUAUAAAGAAUAAUCCAGAUCUGGAUAGUAUAUUAAAUUAAACUGAACUUUUUGAAGCCAGUAUCAAAUCUGCUGUAUAUACUUAAAUGAAGAAAGUAUUUUUAUAUACAUAUGUUUUUGAAAAUAAAAUGUUUUAUUGAAUUUGUU